AUGAAGAAAUCGUCCCUUUCCGGUUACGGAAAUGGGCCUGGGGACUCACAGAAUAUAGGCAAUCUUCUGGGCAGUAGGCCCUGUGUACGUCAAAGUCGACUUUACCGUGAGGGGUGCAGUGGUAAUGCGAUGAAAGAUAUUCUUGGGCAGGGGGAACUAAAGUGGGAUACCACCCGCACCGAGGGCUGCUACAAGGGUGGGCAUGUUUACGAUCACAACACCAAAGACAACCUCGCGGUGCAGCAGGAAAUGGAACGUGAUCAAGAAAAAACAUCCGCGGUUGAAGGUGAAGAUGAAGAAAUCGAAGUAGAAGUCGUUGACAAAGAAGCUGCCACUCCGGCCCCGCAACAAGAGACCGAUGUACCGCAGAAAUCAGAUGUCCCUCCUCGAGUUUCGGCGAGCACUGGCAGAGGCUUCCGCCCCUGCUCAGGGAUGGCCAAUCAACAAACGUACAACAUCUUCACGGGUGAAUAA